AUGGCGGACGAAGAUGAGGGCAUGGAAGCGUUCGAUUUUGACGAACGUGAUCUUGAAUUCGCAUUGAAUCCGGGUCGACGUCAUUACCAAACCAAGAACCAGGCAACAUAUGGUAUUUGGGCAGAUCGAGAAGAGAGUGAUGAAGAGGAUGCUUACGCUAGACCGUCGUUUGGGAAAAAAGCGAAAAAAGAUUAUGCAGCUCCUAUAAAUUUUAUAAGCGGUGGUAUAAAGCAAGGUAGCAGCUUAGAGCCUUCAGACAAGGUGAAAAAAGAAGUGAAAGAUGAUGCUCCUAUAGAAAUUACAUUCAAGAAGGAACGCCGAAGACAGAACACUACUGGUGCAAAUGUGUUUGCAGGGAUGCGUACGUCUGCCGUCAAAGGCACUGUCGAUCCAAAUGUGUUUGCCGACUGGACGAAGUUUGGAAAAGGUGAUGUAGUGAGGAAGAUGAUGAUGGCCAUGGGUUACAAGGAAGGCGAAGGUCUGGGAGCUUCAAGACAAGGAAUUGUCGAACCUGUUCAGGCUACUGUUCGGAAAGGACGUGGUGCAAUAGGAGCAUAUGGGAAGGAGGCAGUUGGACCGAAAUUUGGAGAAUCAGCUGCAGAGACACAACGCCGUCUGGCCGAUCAACGAGAAUCAACCAAGAUAGAGGAGCCUUCAUUACCUCAACUUAAGACUGCAUGGAAGAAAGCUUCUAAAGUAAAAACCCGCUACAAGACGCUGGAUGACGUGAUUGAAGAGGGUGGAUCGAUAGGAUUCCGUUCUUCAGUGAAGACCGGUGUUAAAGUUAUUGAUAUGACUGGACCGGAGCAAAGAGUAUACAGUGGAUAUGAUUCAUUUUCAAUGAAGACGAGACCGGUGUUCAAUGACCUCAGCGAUCGGGAAAAUUUCGAUGUGCCCGAGUUGAUGCACAACUUGAAUUUGCUAGUUGAUCUCACUGAAGAAAGUAUCCGCAGGAACGACAGUCAGCUUAAGUCCAUUAAGGACCGAACAACCGCGCUAGAGUACGACCUCACGCAGGCCAGAGAUAUCCUGGAAAGUGAAGAGCGGGCAACUGAAAAAAUCAAAGAAGUGUAUGAUCUUAUUGAGGAAUUUUCUAAACGCAAAGGUGAUAAAGCACCAUCAAUCAAUGACUGUCAACAACUGUUUACAAAACUGCGCACUGAAUACAAAGAAGAGUACCACAUGUUUAAUAUUGAAGCUCUUGCUGUACCUCUAGUUCUACCCCAGAUUCUUGAAUAUUUCUCGAAGUGGCGACCGCUCGAUCCUGAUCAUCUCAUCUACGGUGUAGAUUUGAUGAAAGAAUGGCGAGACAUUCUAUUCGAUGGAGCGAACACAUCAAUGUUCACAGAUCGCCUCACUGCAUACGAUCGGCUUUUAUGGGAAGGCUGGUUACCUUCUUUGCGACGGGCAUCUUUGGACUGGGACCCACGCGAUCAUAUGGAACCAAUGUUGCGAAUUAUCGAAAUGUGGUUACCAGUUCUUCCCGAGUGGAUGAAAGAAAACAUUUUGGAACAGGUGAUAAUCCCUCGAAUAGAUGACCGUGUUUCGUCAUGGGAUCCCCUUACUGACAGCGUUCCUAUUCAUUCUUGGCUUGUACCCUGGCUGGCGGUGCUUGGUGAUCGUCUGCAGCCCGUUCUCGCACCUAUCCGUCAAAAGCUGGCUAAGGCUCUGAGGCUUUGGAAUCCCACUGACCAUAGUGCAAUGGCUAUCUUGAAACCAUGGUGUGGAGUCUGGACACCAGCUACUAUGUCUGCCUUUUUAGCACAGAAUGUUGUACCUAAGCUAGAAAAAUGUCUUGAUACAAUGAACUUGAAUCCACGGGAAAACAAGAAGUACGAGGAGUGGUAUUCUUGUAUGUCAUGGAUAGGCAUGGUUUCGCCGGAUACAAUGGCAAGCAUUGUAACGAAAUAUUUCUUCCCAAGGUGGUACGCCGCACUUUGUCAAUGGCUCGAUUCUCCACGGGCGAUCUUGAACGAAGUGAAAUUGUGGUAUAGGGAAUGGGAUCAGCGUAUUCCACCCCAGAUACGCGAUUUUCCUACAAUCAAAGAAAAUUUACGGCGAGGAAUGGUAGCUUUAAUGGAAUCGUCACAAGGUUUGAGAGUAUCUUCUGGCCCUCCACCGCCACCGCUGGUGCAGGCUGUACCACCUCCGCCUCCGCCUGCAGCUAUAAGGCCGAACAUGGGAGUGCCUAUAUCCGCACAACUAUCGUUGAAAGAAGUUCUCGAAAGAAUGGCAGCUCAACAUGAUCUCACUCAUAUUCCCCAACGUGACCGUCUCAAGGAGGGCAGACAAGUGUACUGGUUCGGAACACAAUCGAUUUAUUUGGAUCGGAAUAUUGUCUAUGUCUUGGAUACUCAAACGUUCACGUGGAGACCCGUCGGUAUGGAAGAGUUACUGCAGUUGGCUGGUGUAAACUAA